AGCAUCGAAUCGACUUGCACUCUAUGCGGUUCGAUACUACCGUAAAGAAGGUUGCUGACACAUCAAAAAGUCCAGGAAAUCAAGGAAAAUAUCAUCUCUUGUGCAAGAAUCUUUUUUAUUUGUCAACAUAAUCAGAUUCGAAUGCAAUUCAAUCAUUCCAGCACUUUUCCAAAUUUUCGAUACCAAGCUUAUAGAAUGAUUUGUGGAUGGCCUCAAAAUAGGCUUCAACCGCGGCGAUGACUCUCUCAUUCUUGCCAAAUAUUUUUCCCUGGAGUAUCUUUUUGAGAUCAGCAAAGGACAAUUGGUCGCUGGGUACUAGGCUCUUGAGAAUAUGGUGGGUGAGGAAACAGAUUGGAGCCCAAUUUAUUGAAUUCUUUCUUCAUAUGAGGCCGUCCUUCAGUUGUCGUACAUCAAACUCAUCAAUAACUCAAUGCAAUAAUCACUUUUGAUGGCUCUUUCCUUUUCAAGAUAGUCGAUUUUAAUUAUACCUCGAGCAUCUGAAAACUGCCGCCAUGAUUUUUCCUGCUACCUGUUGUGUUUUCGGACGUCUUUCUCCAUCUGAAUGUCUGAUAUGACUCCGAAGAAAAACGGUAGAUCCAUGUUUCGUCCACUGGUUCAUACCUACGCAAGAAAUCUUUUUAUUGCGACUAAACAGUACCGAACAGCUCUCUGUAUCUCUGAUGCAUUGACUUCUUUGUUUUUAAUGGAUCCGAGUGUGGGUAGACGGUUGGACCGUUUAUGGAUUUGUUUGGUGCGCCGUUCGAUUCACGAGACGAGUGUUCCUCCCGGUACUACAAUUACCCACCUGGGCUUAACAUGUUUCACCGGCUCUGACCAUGAGACCUUUCAUUUGAAUCUAAGUUUGUCAAAAUCGGUUCUGCCAUCUCCGAGAAAACCUAGUGAGAUUAUUUGACACAUACACACACACAUAGACAUUGCUCAGCUCGAUGAACUGAGUCCGGGCCAAUUUUUACUAGUCGGUUUUUCAAGUGAUUGCAUAACCUUUCUAUGUGAGAAAGGCAGAAAACGUUUCUAAACAUAAAAAUAGCAAGUCUUAGAGUCUAACAAAAUGUUCAAUAUCACAUACAGAGACAUCUUCGGGCACAGAUAACAGGUAUACAGACUCACAUAUGAACUGUGUGUAAAAUUUGUUCAAUCAGCGUGGCGAACACUUGCAGAUGUCACCACAAUCGCCACGAGGUGCCACCACGGUUUGGGUGCCGCUUUCACUGAGCCAUCAUUUUUUGGUGCAACAUUCAAUUCACGCUAGAUUUUUGUUUUGUUGUUGGGUAAAACGACAAGUUUAUUUUUGUUUUAUUCCGAUCGAAUUCUCGUGUGACUUAUGCGACAUGGAAAAAAGUAGCCUUUAACACUCUUGGAAAUCGUGUGAUAAGUGUUAAAAUUGUUGUAGUUGGAAUAUUUCUAUAACAGGCAGGAGGAUUUGGUUAUCGUUCCGGAACGUAGUGGAUCGUUUUGAAAGACCACGGCGAAUAAUCGAGUAGAUGGCAGUAGUGUUUCCAACGUAUAGCAAAUUUUAAAUUUACACAGGAUUUUGAAAAUAUUUUGUUCGAGCCUGUAUAUCUGUAAUCUGUGUUUGUUUCGAACAAAUGUUGUUUAAAAAAACAUCGGUUGAACCAAACCUCAAUUGUUAUUAUCACUUUAUCAAAAAAAAACUCGUUUGAAUUACCCAGAAUUCAUUUAUUUUUGCAACAUUUUUUUGCGUGAGACGUUCUAUAGAGCCAUAAUCGCAAAUCCGUUUGGAAAUCUUCUUCAAAUGGUUAAAACAAUGCACACAAACGUGUAUUUAUAUAUUUUGACCAUCACCAUUACUCUUCUUCUCUCGAUGAUCGAGCAAGGUCAUUCUCUAAUAGACCUGCGGUCGAUUGUUUCGGAAACAAAACAUGUGCACAAUUUUGUCCGUCAUGCUUCCAAUCUGCCGAGGCUGGGCCCGAGAUGUCGGUGCGUGUAACGCGCGAGAACAACACGUACGAAUCGAUCAAGAUUCAAGAUUUUCUGUUGCAUACAAUAAUAAUUCUCAUAAUUAGGCAUAUUAAUUAAGAGAUUAUUUUCAACCCUGGAUCUCACGCGAGUUAGUUCCUCAAUCGAUGAGAUGAUGAGUAAAUCGGAGCACUCGGACUGAAUUGCACUCGCAUGCUACGUUUGCGCACAAAAUGUAUAAGUCUCCGGUUAAAAUACGUUUUUGGCCUGCAUGGGAACGUACACAAAUUACGUGAUUCAUUUAACGCUUCGAUAAUAUUGCAAAAUUUUUUUUGUGUUCAAAGGUGCCAGGUGGCGGUGGCCGACAUCUCGAGUGCGAACAAAUCAGUUCCGAAGAUGUUUUCUGUGGUGAAGGAAUUGUUUUGCUGGAUCGGUGUUUAUGCCAGCAUUCUGUGGCUUUAUUACUACAUUUUGGAGCCCCUGGCGAACAUUGUUUGGGGUUCGAUUCGGUGUUUGGUACGGCAGGAGAAACUUUCGGUUCGCUAUGGACCGUGGGCAGUGAUUACCGGCGCAACGGACGGAAUCGGCAAGUGUUACGCGGAAAAUUUGGCACGGAAAGGAUUGAAGAUCAUGCUAAUUUCUCGAACCGAAUCGAAACUGAUCAAAGUAGCUGAUGAACUUCAUCAAAAGUAUGGCGUUCAGACGGACUGGAUUGCCAUGGAUUUUUCCAACGGCCCGGAGAUCUACGAUCGCUUACGGAAGCAACUGACAGGAUUAGACAUCGGAUUGCUUGUCAACAACGUUGGUUUCCUGCCACAGCUGGCCCACUUUGAUCAAACUUCCGAAUCGGAUCUUCUCGAUUUGAUUCACAUCAACAUGAUGUCUACCACCAUGUUAACACGAAUGGUCUUACCGGAAAUGAAGGCCCGACGGCGGGGAAUAGUGGUCAAUAUAGGAUCCACUUCCGGGCUCAUUCCACUGGCAUACAUGGCAGCUUACGCUGCAACAAAGUCCUACGUGAGCCACUUAAGCCAGGGUCUGCAGGAAGAACUACGUGGAACGGGCGUCGAAUGUCAACUGGUGACACCGGCCAUGGUGCGGACGAACCUCAGCCAAACGUUCUACGACAAAAUGCCCUGGUAUGUGGUGAUUCUAAGUCCUGAACAAGUCGCUAGAAUUGGUGUAUUCUUGAUUGGGAAAACGUGGCAUACCUGUGGCCACUGGUUUCACAGUUUACAGGUCUGUUGGUAUCCGCUUCUUCCUAGGAAACUAGUUGUACGAAUUAUGGGUGGGGUAAUGAAAAGUACAGCUAAUAACAUGCACUAAGUUGUUGACUUUUGGAAAAAUAAAUCCACUUAUUGGAUGACAAACCGAUCGUUUACGAACUUUUUUAUUCAUCAUCCAAAAACAACCGAAAAGACGAACCGGAAACUGCAUCGACUGCGACACCCAUUUCGUGACAAAGUGCGUUUCAAAAUGGCUCUUAGCGUGAAAAAGUGUUCUAAACCGCGAUCCAAGUAGGCCUGCCGAAAAGUUUGAAAAAGGAACGCAACGUGAUUGGUUAUCGGUGUUUCCACGUUUCUCUUGUGAACGAUUUUGAUUGUGACUGUACCGUCAGUGAUGCCGGAAAAAAUAAACAAUUCAUGGAUUAUUGUUUUGUUUGUUUUGAAGUGACACCGUAUACAAAUGUGGUUUAGUGUUUCAAAUAACGGCUUCGAAAAACAUUUCUUUUCCGAAUCAUCUGUUUAUGUUUAAACAGAAAGUAAAGGAUCUAUCAAAGUGGGACGAAGUGAACGAUAAAAGGAAAACUCGGAGCAUCAAGACAUUAACUCUACUUUUUGAAAAAUCUUAAAUUUAAAUGUCAAAGCUCUUGAUAUAUAGGGUGAUUUUUUAAGAGCUUGAG